CCCCCGCUCCUCUCUCAUCUCCUCAUCCCUCCCUCCUCUCCUCUCUACCCGCACUCAGACGCAUCUGGACUCGGUGCGAACUGGAAUUCAUUUUUCCUCUUAUUUAUGCUCCUCAUAUCGAAACAAAAGUGUCUCAAAUAGUGUUUUUAAGACUUAAAACACUUCCACGAAGGGAUACUUAAACUUUUCCAAGUGCCAACUGAAGGAAAAAACUGGAGCUGGAUGACCUGGGAGUAUUUGGGGAUUUUGGACUUUUACGCACAGGCUGCGUAAAAUGCAAACAAGACAGCUGCGUAAUGGUUAUGCAGACCCCGCAGUGAUAGUUCCUCGGUUUGGAUGUGGUUUCUGGACGGUUUUAUUUCCGAGCAGAGCUGGACCGAGCGCAGAGAGGAUCUAAAUGCGGCUGACUGGAGGCGACCCUGCACCGGGAACCAUGAACAGCAGCAGCAGCGGCUCGGGGAACUUUCUGCUGGUCCCCAUACCGGAGUACCCUCUGCUGGACUGUGUGCCCAACAAGACGGUGAAGAUCGUGGUUCUGGGGGCGAGUAACGUCGGCAAAACCGGUAUGAGUUGAAGGAUAGAUGCACUUUGGAGGCAGCAGCUGUGAGACUGAGGGAUGGUUUUUGAGCACAAACUGAGAAAAACGCAUCAAAUUUAACUUAACAAUCACGAGAGACAUUAAGUCCUUAUAAAACCCUUGUGGUCGGUUGUAAUUGUCACAAAAAAAGACGGGUUGUAAUAUUUUAAAUUUGGUGGAGAUGUUUGUUGUAAGUGAUCAAUCCUCUCCAGCAGGGGGCAGCCUUUUGCGCCUACUCUGGCUGUUAUCCAUACAUCUAUAUAACCCUUAACCCAUUGGUUCUCAACUGGUCUCACUCUGGGACCCACAUUUUCCCCUGGUCCUUAAGUCGUGACCCACUGUUAUAAAAUUCAACUGAACUGAGGACGACAACGGCUGAAGUUUCGUGUGCAGAAAAUGAAAUAUCAAAUUGUACACAAUGGAGACCAGCAAAAUGAAAAAUUUGACUUACUUGCAUCUCUGCAUUCAGAGCGUAUUCAGGCCACAUUAAUAAGAAACCAAGGAGAACCACGACACACUGCAUGCCUUUUAAAAUAAGCUAGUUUUCAAAAUAAAAGACGUGCAUUCAAAAUUAAAUAUUUACCUUUUUGACCAUCUGUUCACGACCCGUUCAGAACGUGUCCACGACCCACCAGUUGAGAACCACUGCCUUAACCCUAGAACACCAUCGUUAAAAUUAGUAACACCAUCACUAUCGCCGGGUGAUUUUUACCCAAGAAAAAGUACUUGUCAUCAAAAUAUAUCAAAAUAGGACAAUACAUGACAAAUUAAAGUAGUUAUCUUUUAUUUUUGACUGUGCAAUGUCCACAGGGAGGAAAGGUAAAUAACUGAAAUGAGGCAUUCAUGAACAAAACGUUCCGCUCGGGUCCUCUACCAGAGGCCUGGGAGUUUAAGGUUCCUGCACAGAAUCCUAGCUGUUCCUAGGACUGAUCUCUUCUGGAGUGAAAUGUCUGAUGUUUCCUCAGGAAUCUGUUGGAGCCACUUCUCCAGUGUGGGGGUUACUGCCCCGAGUGCCCCAAUGACCACAGGCACCACUGUUGCCUUCACCUUCCACCUUUCUCUUGCUCCUCUUUGAGCCUUUGGUACUUCUCUAGUUUCUCGUGUUCCUUCUUUCUUGGGAUGGCGACGUCUACCACAACGGCUUUCCUCUGCUGUUUGUCUAAAAAUACGAUGUCUGGUUGGUUGGUAAUUACCAUUCCAUCGGUCUGUAUCUGGAGGACCCACAGGGAGUUUGAGGUUCCUGGGCAGUAUCCUUGCUGUUCUUUGGACUGCACUCUUCGGGAGUGGGAUGUCUGAUGUUUCCCCAGGGUUACUGCCCUGAGUGCCCCAAUGACCAUAGGCACCACUGAUGCCUUUACCUUCCAGGCCUUCUCUUGCUCUUCUUUGAGCCCUUGGUACAUCUCUAGUUUCUCGUGUUCCUUCUUUGGCGACGUCUACCACAACGGCUUUCCUCUGCUGUUUGUCGACGAUUACAAUGUCUGUUUGGUCGGUCAUUACCAUUUUGUUGGUGUGUACCUGGAAGUCCCACAGGAUCUUGGCUCGGUCAUUCUCCAUCACCUUCGGAGGUGCUUCCCAUUUUGACCUCUGGGUUUCCAGUCCAUAUUCUGCACAGAUGCCCCUGUACACUAUACCGACUACUUGGUUAUGGCGUUCCAUGUAUGCUUUUCCUGCCAGUAUCUUACAUCCUGCUGUUGGGUGUUGGCCAGGACCACUCUUAAUGACCUUAUUCGCCUACAUGCAGCUAUCAAAUCCACCCAAACCAGGAUCAGGGAAACAAAUAUGCCUUCAAAGGUGUCAAAGGAAUUUCUGAAACUACCCAGGGACCCAUGAUACUUGCAAACACAACAUCAUGAAAAUCACGGAAACAUGUUUGGUGGGGCAAUAGUGUUCCAGGGUUAAAUUGUGAUAGGUCUCUGUAAGGCUAAUUGUAUCCGUUUAAUACACUUUCUGUAGGAUUCAGUUUGUUUUAAAUGUCUGUAUCUGAAUGUGGAUGGUGCAUAUCCUGCAAAAACACAGACACAGUCUCAGAUGGGGUCUGAAGAGGCUCUUUGAAGCCCAUCAAAGGUCGGACUCAAAGUCUGACUCAGCUAACUUCUGAUUGACCCAGAUAAUAGCUGACGUAACAUCCAGGGGACGCCCACCUGUCGGUCUGGUCUGUGGCUCAGGCACUCAGUCAGGAGGAUGAUGAGGGUUUGAUCCCAGGUCCCGCCGCCCACAUGCUGAAGUGUCCGUGCAACACACUUAACCUCGAGCUGACCCCGCUGGCUGCACCCAGCGGUGUGCAAAUGGGAUUUAUGAAUACUGAUGGGAGCUUUACACAGCAGCCACAAGAGCACGAAUGAGUGAAUGUGAGAGAUUAGAGCUUUACGAAUUCACAGAUUUACCUUUUAAAGUUCAGCUGUUAAGAACUCAAACAAUACCAUCAGUGUAAAUAAGACGAUGGAGGUUUAAAGUCCAGUUUGGGUUGUCGUCUCUCAGAUUUAGCCAAAGGGCCAAACUGACCGACACCUAUUUUCACUCAUACACUGAUUUGUGACAUUUACUUCCAAAAAAAACACUGAAAUGUCCCUUUUAAUUUCCUCAAAUGCACGAACACGCAGAUCUGAUCUCUGCAGAGACCCCAAAAGCUGGUCCAAAAAAGCCAAACAAAUCUGGAUGAGAUAAUCAUUUACCAGAAUGAGAUGAUGCAACAGCAGAUUCUGAGUAUCAGUGAAUCAUUUUCUUUGCUUGGACUUCGACUGUUUGUUUAGCUUAUCUCAACAUCACCAAAGUCUGCAAAAUCAACUAUAUAUGGGUCACGGAAAAGAGGAAUUCCUCAAACAGCAAUUCCACAAAAAAAACACGUUUUAGGUUUAAAAACAGUCCUAGAUAAAUCUGUUUCCCACCUCCCUGAGUCCAAUUUUCUUGUUUCUUUUCAGCUCUUAUUGUCCGGUUUCUAACCAAAAGGUUCAUCGGGGAUUAUGAAGCAAACACUGGUGAGUUUCCAUCCAUCUGUUUUUCAUGAAAGAGAAGAAAAUCAUUUGUCAUAGUAAGCAGGGAAAGUACUGCUGCUGUGAUUUCUCUCUGCAGUAGUGGAAAAAAACCCACCGCUGAUUCAUUCAUCCAGCCAUCGAUUCAUUCGUCCAUGUCUCUUUCUCUCUCUGCAGGGGCUCUUUACUCCAGAAAGGUCACGCUGGAAGGGGAGGAAGUGUCACUUCAGAUCCAGGAUACCCCCUGUGUCGCUCUGCAGGUAACUUAUGGAGGCUCAGGGACAGCGGCCAUGUUUCCAUGACCGAGUUUCCACAUGCUGAACAAAGAGAGGACGAUAGACACGCUGUCUGCUGAAGGUGGUUCAGCCUCAGUUUAUAAAGACAAACUGCUGAGCUGGUAACAAACAAACAGACUAAACAGACUGCGUCCUUUCCCAUGAAACAGGAAGUAGUUUUUUACUCAGCCAUACAUGCUCCUAUCUUGACCAAAUUAGGCAAACAUAAUGAGGGUCCAGGCCUGAACACAUCUAUAUGGAAUUAUUUAAUCCCAGUCACAGUCCCCCCUAGUGGCAACAGGAAAUCUUAUGCCUAACCUCCAAUUUCCACCACAUCUGGAACCGCUACGAAAAGACCGUAUUCGCCGAUCGUAGCGGGUUGUAGCUUAUCGUAACCAUUCAAGUUAACGUGUCAAUUUUCACUGGCUUCUUUCCGUUCCGCUGCCGAUCGCCAGACUCUGCAGCCAAUUGCAAGAGUUAUAUUUUUUUCCAGAUGCCGAAGCAUGCCGGAUAAAUUCAGCACAGAUUAACCCGUGCUGGAAAGGAAAUCUAGAAUCUACUGCUUACAUGGUUAGCCUAUGUGGCUGUCUUUAUAGAGGCAACUUGUUAUCGCACGAUUGCACAUAAAUCCGCAAGUUCUUGUGAGUUCUCGUGAUUCCCGCUGUCCAUAAUUCCCCCCACAAAUGGAACUGGAAGGAAUUGGCGGACAGUGAAAACCACUGCCGUUCUGGAUGCGGUGGAAAUUCAGGGUAAUUCUACGAGUUGUGACUCAGAGACCAUUGAACACUACUUGAUCAUUUUCGCUGUCCAUCAUCUUGAGAUGUUCGUCUGCAUUUGUGCCAAAAACCGUGAGUUCUUGUUUAACGGCAUGGUCAGCACAGUGUGACGAAUUUCGAAUUCAAUGCAGUGUUGCCAACUCCUCAGUAAGGAAAGUUGCUAGAGGCUGUCGUAAAAGUUGCUAGAUGACGUCAUUGCCUAAUUUGCAUAACUUUUCAGUCAAACCCACUGUCGCCGCCGACCUCCCCACCACCGUGAGGAGGAGGAGUCUUCCUUGGGGUGUCUGAGUGUCUGUGUUUUCGAUGCAAACCCGCUACCCUUUGAGAAGAGUAACCUCUAUUCCUGCGUUUAUGUUGGAGUCUCUAAACUCCAAAAAAAGUCCCAAGAUUUGUUGCUAGGCGCUUUUUUGAAAAUAAGUAGCUAGGGGGGUCUGAAAGUCGCUAAAUGUAGAGACAAAGUCGCUAGGUUGGCAAAUCUGAUUUACUGUAAUCCCAUUUCUUCAACAUCCUCCAAUCAAUUCCAUUUUUUUACAACUUUCUUUUGUGCGUCCAAAAGGCAAAAAUAUUCUUGACUCUAUUUACAAACUCGUGGCGGUUUGUGAAAGCGUGAUGCCCUGGAUUACAAGGGUUUCUCAAUCACAGACUUCCUUGAACUUUACUGAUAAGAUAACAGUCCCUUUUGUGCAAAUACCGUUAUGUCCGUGGUCAGAACCCUUGCUCGGCAUGAUUUAGGAUGAUGAAGUUAUUCCCACUUUAUGUUGUAUCCCUGACAACCAAAACUUGUUUAGACCCAACCUGUGCAGAGGUGCGACGGCCAGUUGCAUUUGUGUCAACUCAGAGGGUCAGCGCCUUUCUUUGGCAUCAUUUCUUCCCGGUCCAUCUAAGCUGCUACUGUUUUUUAUCUCAAAGCAGUUUGAGGAAUGUAUUUGAAGUUCGAGGAAAUGACUCCGGCGACCAUCUCCCCGCUCUGGAUGAAUAUAAUGAGAGCAACGUGCCACACGGCUCACCCCGCUCCACGCCGACCGUCUGUUUACAAAACCAGGCCUGAGAAUCUGCUCAUUUCCUCACUCGGGGGGGGAGAUAACAGAGGGUGAGGAGGAAGUCCCCCCUGACCACGGAGACCGGCUUCCAGAGAUUAGACAGAAAUAAUUGGAGAGGUCGAAAAGUCACGGCUUUUGGAAAAAAUGUUGAAAGUGAAGUGAAAUUAAGAUUACCAUGGCAACGAAACCCUUCCCAGACACACUUAUAUGCGAGGAGGAUGGUUUUGUUGGUUCUUCUUGCAGACAAAUUGGGUAUAAGGGUCUGCAUGAAGUGAGUUGUCGCUGAACACCGGCGGCUGGGUGGUCUUGGGGCCCGUGAGUCUGGAGUUAUGACUGCGAACCAGCUGGUGUACAUCCAUUAACCGCCAUUUGUCUUGGCGGAGUGCCUUCCCAGUAAAAUCACCACCUGUUAACUCGCUUUUAGCCAAUCUUUCGAGCAGAUGUGGACAUUCAGAGAGAAAGAAAAAAAGACGAAAGUGUGAUCUGUUGAUUUGUCCUGCGAUGGACCGGGAUGUUGUUGUUGAAGUCCUUUCUUGUCCAAAGUGGUUACAUAAUUCCGUCAUCCUGUUUCUUUUCCAGGACGAUGCUGAAGGCCUGUACUGCCAGGAGCAAAUCAACAGGUCAGAGUCGUUUACAUAAAUCUGAAUAAAUGGAAGAUAUUUUUGCAUAUCCUGUUGUAACUGAAUGAUGAAUGGCGAUGACUGCGCUCUCAGGUCGAUCUACUGGGCGGACGGUUACGUACUGGUUUUCUCCAUCACGGACAACAACAGCUACCGCACCAUCCAGCCUCUGUACCAACACGUCAGACGCAUCCACCCCUCUGGAAACAUACCUGUCAUACUGGUCAGUGAGUGUCCAACAUAGUCAUGGUCAGAUUAACUAGAUUAGAUGCAUACCCCAAUAAAAACGAAUGAUCCAGUUUGAUAGCACUAAACUCUACAAAGGUACUUCUUUCUUUCUAAAGUGCUUGAAGCAGUGUUCUUUUAACCCUAAUCCCUGUAAUCUAAUCCGUCCUGUAAUCUGUAAUCUACUGCAGGUUGGAAACAAGAGCGACCUGCUCAGAGCUCGACAAGUCCCGGCAGACGAGGGCGAGACGUUAGCAUCCUCACUGGGUUGGGAUUCCUCCUCCUCUCUACUCCCCCUCCUCUCUUUUCUCCACUGGUUAUUAAUCAGCUGAUCACCGAAUAUCUCAAGUUUCAUGCUCUCCAAAUAAAUCCAAAGUAAUGAUAGAUAUCUACCAUGUUUUUGCGUCUAUAAAUAGACUGCUUUUGCCACAGUGUCAACGAUCUGCAAGUGUGUACGGUCAGGUUGUCCAAGAACUCAACCCUUUGACCAAUCAGAGCCAAGGAACAUAUCUUGUUCUUUCAGAGCUGUAAUCUGCUCGCUGUCUAAUGAGCGAGGAAUGUCGAGUUUAUCUAAAAAAUAACUUUUUAAAACUGUGUCCGAUCACAGGAGGCGUUUACUUCGAGGCCUCGGCCAGAGAGAACCACGAGGGAGUCCAGGCCGCCUUCAUGCAUCUCUGUCAGGAGGUGGGACAACGUUUUUUGUUUUUUUUGUUGUUAGUCUAUUAGUUUGUUUAAGAUGGAUCUAACAUGAACUCCCUCCUGUCAUUACGUCCGUUUAUACCUCACUUUAAAGCUUCUGUGGGAACUCCUUUUACAAGCUGGUUCCCACUGACGAUUCCGAUGCACUUAGAAAGAGAAAAAAAAGCAGAAAUACCACAUGUUUGUGUUUUCAGACAGAAAGAGGUAUACCAGCCCUCAAUGGUUUGUUCUGUAUAUUUUCCUUUCUGGUGAGGUAAUAACAGUUUUGGCUCAGAGGCCCCCCUGUAUUUGAGGGUCUGCUUGGACUCGGUUUCCUUUUCUGGUCUUCGAGAGAUCAGUUUACAAAACUUCACUUCCAGUUUUUAAAGAAAUAACUUUUUAUCCCAGUGUGUUGUCUUCACUGAUGUGUAAUCUGAGCGAUUUUGUAUAUAUCUGGUAUCUGGUGAUCUACAGAGAGUUAAUACUCGGUGAUCUAAGUCCCUCAGGUCUAUUGAGGUUUUAGCAUCUAAGAGAAAAAUCUAUGGCAAUAAGAGACAGAAGAGUAGGAAGUGCGGGAAAAAAAAGGAAGUGGGAAAAUGAGAAGUUAAAAACAGUCCCUCCUCAUAGAGGGGGUAGGAGCCCACCAGCCAAUCAGAUAUCUCCUUUCUUUCAGCCAAUUAGAUGGCAUCUUCUAACCAGCCAAUCAGAUGGCUCACAACUACUCUCCUUUUCGGCCAAUCAGAAACCUCCUUUUGCUUUUGGCCAAUCAGAAGCCUCCUUACUAUUGGCUAAUCACAUGGCUCCUUUCAUCAGGUCAAUCAGAUGGUGCCUUUUUGUCAACCAAUCACAAGCCUACUGUCCUUUAGGGCCAAUCAGAAGCAUCCUUACUUUCUGCCAAUCAGAUAGCUCCUUUUAACAGGCCAAUCGAGCCAAUCAGAUAGAAACUUUCAUUUCAUUUAAAUUGUCAUUUAAAUUGACCAAUCACAAGCCUACUUUCCAUUGUGGCCAAUCAGAAGCCCUACUAACUCCCAAUCAGAUGGCUCCUUUCAUUUGGCCAAUCACAUGGCUUCUUUUAUCAGGCCAAUCAGAUAGCACCUUUCAUUCUGCCGAUCAGAGACUUCAUUUAAAUCAACCAAUCACAAUCCUUUUAUUAGAAAUUGCCUUUUUUUCAGCCAAUCAGAAGGCAUCAUCCAACCAGCCAAUCAAAUGGCUUCUUUCUGUCAGCCAAUCACAAACCUACUCUCCUUUGUGGCCAAUCAGAAGCCUUCUCACUCUCUGCCAAUCAGAUUGCAUCUUUCAUCAGGCCAAUCAGAUGACUUCUGUCUGUCAACCAAUCACAAACCUACUCUCCUCUUUGCCCAAUCAGAAGCCUCUUCACUACCUGCCAAUUAGACGGCUUCUUUCAUCAGGCCAAUCAAAUAGCACCUUUCAUUCUGUCAAUCAGAGGCUUCAUUUAAAAUUGACUAAUCACAAGCCUACUCUCCUUUGUGGCCAAUCAGAAGCCUCCUUACUAUCCGCCAAUCAGAGACUUUCUUUAAAUUGACCAAUCACAAGCCUUCUUCAGUAGACAAAUCAGUGUUUUUAUUGUUUUUUUCUGAUGUAACAGGACAAAAACGCUCAUGACGUCUCUUGGCCCUAAAACCGAUUUGCCUGAUUUGUAUGUUGACGUGACUCUGUGUUUAUUGGACGCUUUCAAACACUUAUCUUUAAACUCUUUUCUCUGUUUUCUUCGUGUCCCAGGUGGUUCGAGCGUUGGGAGGAGGUAACGGGGAGAAACGGCGUGGAGGCCUCCACCUGGCCCGACCCAAAUCUCCCAACAUGCAGGAGCUGAAGAGGAGAUUCAGACAGGUUUUAUCGUCCAAAGUCAAGUCUGCAACCACGCUCUGAUGACGGGAUCAAAUCCAGAACAUGAAGCAGUCAGACACGUGGCGACGAAACCGGCUCCUGUGGGAACAAAAGGGGUCGAAUCCUUCGGUGAAAGACGGCGAGAGAAGAAGAAAAACAGCAAAGAGUCGUUUUAGGAGCUCAAAGCGACGUCAUCAAACAAAUGGACUCAGACUGAAUGGAGCUUUCGGCAGCUCGGCUCUCAGCGGUUUGGACGAAACUCACGGUCGACGUGACCUUUCCGAGGUUCAAGUAAAACAAGUCAGCCGCUCAAAGCGAACAUGUCACGGACGGCUAAACAAACACCUUCAGCUGUGUCAGGAACUUGGCUGUUUACCGUGACGGAGAGUGAGUUUGUCACCGGCAGAGUCACACCAAACCAGUCUCAGUUUUCCAGAGGCUGAAAAAUCACUUAAAACGUCAUGACAGAUUCAAGUUUACUACAAAGUCCUUCAAAGGAAAGCUGAAGAGACAACCGUUAGUCAUUUUUUUUCACUUUUUUGGACUUGGCAACUAAGUGACAAUCUUACAGUUCAAGGUUUUCAAUCCCUGCGAGGACGACACCAGACUCCAGCUUUUCUCAAAACCAAAUAAACAAAGCAGAAGUCUCAGUCUUUUAUCUUGCAGUCUGUGUGUGAAGUCGAAGAAAGCAGGAAAGCAGCUAAAGCAGGAAAUGACCCCAAAAUAUGAAACGGUCAAGGCUGUUCAGGGUGACAUUUAGCAGCCGGACGGGAAGCAAAGAGAGUAACACAACACAGGAGAGGUUUCUGAGAGUCUAACAACGUAACUGGAACACAUUGAAAUCAGAUUUUUGAGUUCAAUAAAAUCCAGAGUUCUCACGACCACAACCGAACAACAAAGGCUUUCAAAUUUGUUCAAGGAUGUUCCUGAAAAUAAAAAUGCAAAAAGGGAAAAAUUUUCAACCCA